CAAUGGUGACAUCUACCUAUAUUUUGCACAUCUAUUUUUCAAUGACAAUCAACAAUAAUCGAGAACCACGCUGAGAACACGUGGCGACUCAGAUUGGAUAAUAAGUUCGCUUUGUAUUUAUAAUAUAAUUCAGUUAUCUGAAAAUGUUUGCUCCCAGAACACUAAAAUUCACGCACUCAUCAUUCAAACAAGUGAAUCUCUCGAAAUCUCUGGCCGCUUUCAACAAUCACUGCGUUCAGAGCAAAAUGUCACUGAAAGACAUCCGGGAAAUUUUUCUAAAGUCAGUGGAAGCCGUUCAACCUCAGAAACUGAUCGAAAAGGAGGUGAUAGUCCACCAGAACACUCUAACGGUGAGAGGCCAAACUUAUCCUCUCGAAAAACCUUGCUACCUAGUAGGAUUCGGUAAAGCAGUGCUGGGCAUGUCGGUCGAAUUAGAGCGUGCUUUGGGGGACCGCCUACAGAGGGGCAUAGUUGCUGUUCCGCAGGGAAUAUUCGAAAAUUAUGAGAAGCCAGCAGGAUCUAGAGUGGAAUAUGUGGAAGGAGCUAGGAAUAAUUUGCCUGAUGAGGAUGCUAUGAGGGCAGCUAACAUGAUCAAGGAUUUGGCUGUUAGUUUGACAGAAGAAGAUCUGUUGAUUGUGUUGAUUUCAGGUGGAGGUUCUGCCCUCUUACCUCUGCCACUACCACCAAUAACUCUGGAAGAGAAACACGAUCUGAUAAAAACAUUAGCAAAAAAAGGAGCCACCAUAAACGAAGUGAACGCCGUCAGAAAACGCCUGUCCCUACUAAAAGGCGGCGGAUUGGCAGAGUUGGCCCACCCCUGCCGGAUCGUCUCUCUCGUGCUUUCCGACAUAAUCGACGACCCUUUGGAUUUGAUAGCCAGCGGGCCCACAAUGCCCGAUCCAGAUUCCGCCGGACGCGCAUUCGAGGUUCUAAAGAAAUACCGUUUGGACGGAGAAUUGCCGCAUUCGAUGGAAAUCGCCCUUCGAAAGGAGAAAAGGGUGGUUGGAGGUCGUAGGGCGAUUGUGGACGGGGAGUACGAACACGUGCGGACGUACGUUAUAGGUAAUAACCGGAUAGCCGCAUUGGCGGCCAAACGAGAAGCGAUAAACAGGGGAUUUCAAUCGAGCGUGGCAUCAACGCAAAUAGAAGGCGAUGUCUGCGAAAUCGGCAGGAUUUACGCAGCGCUGGCACGCGAGCUUGCUUCCGUAAUUAGCGAUCCCUCCGACAGGGACAAUUUGGAAGUUUUUCUGGAAACUUUCGCCGAGCAUUUCCGUGUCGAUCGGACUUUUAUUCGGGAAGUGCUCGAUUUGGAUUACUCAAGGGGGAUUUGUUUGAUCUUUGCAGGCGAGCCAACUGUCGUGGUAACCGGGACCGGCAAAGGCGGCAGAAAUCAGCAAUUAGCGCUUACUGUCGCCGUAGAACUCAGCAAGCUCAGCAUCGGAUCAGCCGACGUCACAUUUCUGAGCUGUGGCACGGACGGCAUCGACGGACCCACCGACGCUGCCGGAGCGAUCGCGACUUCCGGGACGCCGGAAUACUCCGGGAACGUCAGACCGGAAGCCUAUUUGGAGAAUAACGACGCCUACAGUUUCUAUGAGGUUUAUAAUCGCGGGGAGAAUUUGGUCAGGAUCGGGCAUACAGGAACGAAUGUCAUGGAUAUCCAUAUUUUGAUGGUUGUGCCCAAGUAACUCGCUGGAUUCAAUUCCAGGAGACAAUUAUUAUCAUUUUUUAAUAUCAAGGCAUUGAAUCAAUAUUGAUAUCACAUAAUUUCUAAGACCAUAAAUAUUUUGAUGUUGAUGUUGUUCUUUAUCACUCCAAGAAACAUAUUUGUUUAUAAUACGGAUAAUAAACUGGGCGUCAAUUGAAACGUU